AGGAGGGGCUUGCACGGGGACUUUGGGCUCCGACCACCUCGGGCUGCCGGCGGGGCCCGACGUCAGGGGCCGCUGUGCUGCGCUGCGCGGGGCUCCGCACGCGGCCGCCACACAAAGGCAGCGGCGCCGCUCCGCGACCUCCGCGCCGCAGGCAGGAUGCAGCCCCGGGGCCUCCUCCUCCUCCUGGCACUGCUGCUGCUGGCGGCCACCUCCGAGGCUGCCAAAGCCAAGAAAGCCGCUGCCUCUCUUGCAGAGAAGGCGAAGAAGGAGGGCUCCGAGUGCCAGGACUGGCACUGGGGGCCCUGCGUCCCCAACAGCAAGGACUGCGGCCUGGGCUACCGCGAGGGCACCUGCGGCGAUGAGAGCAGGAAGCUCAAGUGCAAGAUCCCCUGCAACUGGAAGAAGAAGUUUGGAGCCGACUGCAAGUACAAGUUUGAGAGCUGGGGAGGGUGCAGCGCGCAGACAGGUGUGAAAACACGCUCAGGCGUCCUGAAGAAAGCGCUGUACAAUGCCCAGUGCGAGGAGGUGGUCUAUGUGAGCAAGCCCUGCGCUGCCAAGAUGAAGGCCAAGGCCAAAGCAAAGAAGAGCAAGGGGAAGGACUAGAGCUGGGCAGCCCGCAUCCUUGCCGGCCCCGGACACAUGUGCCUGUCCCACCACAGCAAGCCACACUCCAGCCUUCCUCCUCUCCUCCUCCUCCUUCCCGCCUCCUCUGCCAUGGAGGUGCCUUGUUUAAUCACUAGUUUGUCGAGAGCAGACCUGCCGGCCCUGGGAAUCUGCUGCCACUGCCCUGGUGGCUGCCACAACCCCACUGACCGUUGCCUUGAGUGGUGCUGACUGGGUGCUCUCACCUCUUUUGGGAAAUGGGUUUUGGUUUCUUUUCCAAUAAAAAUCUUUUUAAAAAAA